UCCUAUUUUUGUAUAUUUUUCUGGAUUUCUACAAGACCGUGUGAAACGGUCCCGGCCUACGAGCGCUUAGAUUAGCUCUGAUGUUCUAUGGAACAUUGAGGUCAUUGGGUGACCCCGCCAGCAGUGGCGACGCCGCUUCUUUAUAACCCAACCUUCACCUUGCAGUCAAUCUUCAUCAGAACAACCAUGGGCAAAUCCCAGAGCAAGCUUUCACCAGAGCAACUCGCAGAUCUACAGAAGAACACUUAUUUUGACAAGAGAGAGCUCCAGCAAUGGUAUAAAGGCUUUCUCAAAGAUUGUCCCUCUGGCCAGUUGGACAAGACUGAAUUCAGUCGUAUAUAUAAACAAUUCUUUCCAUUCGGGGAUCCAGGAGACUUUGCAGACUACGUCUUCAACGUCUUUGACGAGAACAAAAAUGGUACUAUUGACUUCAAGGAAUUCAUCUGUGCUCUUAGCGUAACGAGUCGCGGCCGAUUAGACGAGAAGCUCAAAUGGGCUUUUCAGUUGUACGAUAUAGACAAGGACGGUUUCAUCACAUACGAUGAGAUGUUGCAGAUCGUAACGUCCAUAUACAAGAUGACUGGUCAAAUGGUCAAGCUCCCCGCAGAUGAGGAUACUCCUGAAAAGCGAGUGGAUAAGAUUUUCAGGAACAUGGACCGAGACAAGGACGCCAAGCUCACGUACGAUGAAUUCGUCGAAGGCAGUAAGCAAGACCCGACCAUCGUCCAGGCGUUAUCGCUAUACGAUGGUCUUGUAUAAUGACAUGAUCAUCGUCAUGAUGCUGGCAUUCAUCUAAAAUUUCUUCCUAACCUAAUCUGCUUUCCUGUUGCAUAUUCCAGGUGAUCUUGUGGUCAAUCAACUCACGAAAGUCCAGACCAAGCCUUUCACACCAUA